CCUCAAUUCCUCAUUGCCCCAAGCAAGACAAUCCCUGAAUUCACGAAUCACGACCAUGGGCCGCAAUUCACAAGUCAUAAUCCAUUUUCGUCAACUCAUGCUCCAACUGCAUUCUAACUUGCCACGUGUCCAGACAAAGCAGUCCGGAUGUAGGGUUCGUCAAUCGUAACUGUCGAUGCAAUGCAGCAUCAGUUUGGCGGAAGGAGAAAGAAAAGCAGACUAGUAGGUCUGAACUUAAACCCUUUGAGUGUUAGUUGUGACUCGUGAGCUUUUUUCCGUGCACGAAAGAAAUCUGAUCGUCGUUUCUAGUCUUGGAUUUUUGGUUGGAAUUUCAGGCAUUCAUUCUGCAAGCAAGAAUGGUUUGAUGUUCUAGGGUUUGAUGUUUGCCGUUUCUCUUGAUACUUAAUUUACACGAGGAUUAGGAGUUAGGACUUGAGAUUUCUUCUGUACGGUUGCAAAGUCUGGUUGAUCAUUUUGUGAGAUUGUGGGAAACUGGUUCUUGGUUGGUAGAAGUUAUUGAAGAUUAGUAUACGAACUUAUAGUGCCCCAAUGAGUUAACUUCACGUCCAACAAACCAAGAACACAACGACAAAGUAUCUUAAGGUACACCUCUGGCAGGAUGACAUUUCUAAAAAGGCACAAUCAAGUUUAUGGGAAGGAGAAGGAUGGCAUCUCAAAGUUGAAGUAAACUAAAGCAAUCUUUCCGAUGGUUAAGCAGUACUCAGAAAGCAUCUUGGGAUUGCUGCACAUGGUUCAAUUAUUAUAAACUGAAAUAAAGUUGAAAUUUCGUGGUUAUCAAGGUCCUUUUCAAUGGAAUGGAGGGGAGUUCUCUGUUUUUUAUUCUUCAUUGUCACUAUUGUUGAAUCUUCAAGCCGGUCAGGGAGAAUGUGGUCACCAUACCUUGGAGUCGAGUCAAAUAUGUCCUACAACUGGCCAAUCCUUAGUGCAGCAGUUUUUGUAGUUGUUGCACUUGUUCUCUCCUUGUUUCUCAUAUUUGAGCACAUAGCUGCAUACAAACAGCCUGAGGAACAGAAGUUUUUAAUUGGGCUCAUUCUGAUGGUUCCUGUUUAUGCAUUGGAAUCGUUUUUGUCGUUGUUAAAUUCAGAAGUUGCAUUCAUCUGUGAAAUGAUGAGGGACUGUUAUGAGGCUUUUGCUUUGUACUGCUUUGAGAGGUAUCUGAUAGCCUGCUUAGGUGGUGAGGACAGUACCAUUAAGUUCAUGGAAAGUUCAAGCAAAAUUACUUUGAGUUCACCUCUUCUGGAAGAUGCAUAUUACAAUCGAGUUGUGGAACAUCCCUUCCCAAUGAAUUGCUUCUUAAAGCAAUGGUAUCUUGGUCCUGAUUUCUAUCAUGCAGUAAAAGUUGGCAUUGUCCAAUAUAUGAUACUGAAGAUGAUAUGUGCACUGCUAGCAAUAAUUCUUGAACUCUUUGGGGUUUAUGGAGAAGGAAAAUUUGAUUGGAAAUAUGGCUAUCCGUAUCUAGCUGUUGUUCUAAAUUUCAGUCAGACAUGGGCUCUGUAUUGUCUUGUACAGUUCUACUCCAUUAUUAAAGAGAAGCUAGAACCGAUUAAACCUCUGGCUAAAUUCCUGGUAUUCAAGUCAAUAGUAUUUCUUACUUGGUGGCAAGGUGUUGCUGUUGCAUUUCUUUUCUCGAUGGGAGUUUUUAAAGGGUCUUUGGCUCAAGAGUUGAAAACUCGUAUUCAGGACUAUAUCAUCUGCAUAGAGAUGGGAAUUGCUGCUGUGGUGCACCUUUACGUCUUCCCAGCUAAGCCUUAUGAACGUGGAGAAAGAUGUGUCCGUAAUGUAUCUGUUAUGGCCGACUAUGCAUCACUAGGAGCUCCUCCAGAUCCAGAUGAGGUUCGUGACUGUGAAAGGUCCACUAGGAUGCGCUUCACUCGGCAUGAUGGGAGAGAAAAGCAACUGAAUUUUCAACAGAGUGUUCGUGAUGUUCUCCUGGGAAGUGGUGAAAUUAUUGUUGACGACAUGAAGUAUACUGUUUCCCACGUGGUAGAGCCAGUGGAACGUGGCAUUGCAAAAAUAAAUGAAACUUUUCAUCAGAUAUCAGAAAAUGUGAAGCAUCAUGAGAAACGAAAGAGGAACUCGAAAGAUGACAGCUAUCUUAUUCCCAUGAAUUCAUGGACAACGGAAUUUUCAGAGGCCCAUGAUCAUUUUCUUGAGGGAAGCAUCAGUGACAGUGGUCUGGCCAGAAGGAAACACAAUCUUCUAUCCAGAGCCACAUCUUCUCAAAGAAGAUAGGUAGAUGAUUCUCCUAGCCAUUCAUUAUAUUCAAGAGCGGAAGUUAGAUUGAAUGGAGCUAUCAUGUUCCUCUCAAAAUGUUUUUAACAAGACCAACUUACUGUGCAAGCUGAAGAACUGGCAUGCCAAAAUGACCACAACCGUUUUUAACUGGAAAAAAAGUAGAGUUGCCAUUGUUUGUAUAGCAGCUAACAGAGAUGACAUUAAAGUUUCACCGCAGAUCCAGGAGCUGUACAAAAAAAGAGUCUGCAGUUGAAACAGGUACGUUACUAUUCAUAUCUUGGUUUGGAUGAUACAAGGAACAAAAGCAAAGCUUCAAGUGUAGAAAUCCAAUAUAUUAAGUGUUGAAGUAGAUGUAAUUUUCAAUGUCGAAACUUGCUUGCUAUGGUGCAACUGUAUAUCUGGGUGGUAAUUUUAGAAUCACACCCCUCAAUACAUUACAUUUCUUGUGUGUA